AUGGCACGGACUGCUCCAGCCUUCUACUGCGACAAGACCAACAAGGUACCACUGGGAGUGCCUGAGAACUUCAUUGCCCAGCCUUUGACUUCGCUGACAGACUUGCACACCAUCAACACCCGCUCACCUGCCGACUUGACGCCCUGCAGCACCCCUGAAACGGACGACGGGGCAACAUCCACAGACCAGAAGCUUCAAAGUCCCAGAGACAAGCCCAGUCUAGCGGAGCUGUUCGCGAACUUCCUCGACAAUUACAUCCCCCAGGAAGAAGCCAAACUUCAGAAUGGGCACAAGGUCCCAGUUUCCUGGCUGCAAGCUAUUGACCCCUCCCGAGUAAACGACGACUCCCUUGAUCUCGCAAUCCUGGCGUUGAGUCUGGUCUGCCUGGGUCGCAAAUAUGGCGAUGAGAGGCUCCGGCAUGAAGGCACAGCAAACUACGGCAGAGCGUUGCGCCGACUACAAGACAUUCUCUCACACCACAGUCUGCUUUUCGAGGAGCAGACUCUUGCUAGCUGUAUGGCACUGUCCACCUUUGAGGCAAGCGCCCCUUCCUCGGAGUACGUGUAUAGGACUCUGGUUGACCGAGUAAGCAGCUACUCGAAGCGUCAGGGGAGAACACUGGCGGAUGGGUCAGCCACGUGGAAGAUCGUCCUGGCCUUGGCCACCCGCAGAUCGACCUACCUGGCACAACAGGACUGGCUGACGGUGCCGUGGAAGGAACACGCGAAGUCGGACUUUGACCAGCUGCUGGAUAUCAUGGCUCAAAUGGCCAUCCUUCUCGAGGAUGCGUCGCGGUUCAACGCCAGCACGACGUUCAACAACAUCCCCCAUGCACAGAGGAUAGAACUUUUCCAACAUGGGUGGGAAUUUCAUUCCCGACUUGAGGACUGGUACCAGGGAUUCCUAAGAAAGCACCACCAAGCUGGACCACUCUAUCACGAGCGGCCGUCGUCAGCACGUUUUCUUUCUCAAUUUGCUGCUGCAUCCGUCUUCCCGACGUCUCUCCACUUCCCGAAGUUCGAAAUCGCACGGCUUCACCUCUCUUACUGGACCAUCCUCCUCUUGCUCUACAGUUGCGUCCUAACCAUCCCUCCGUCCUCGCCGUCUCUGGGUAGCGUAAAUCCGACUUCUUUGAGCCGUAUCGUCGGCGCCACAUCUGUGGAAAAUGUAUUCGAAAUUCCCAGACGAGCGCUGGAGCUGGCGAGAAUGAUCGCCCAGUCCAUGGAGUAUCUCCUCUCGGAAGAUAUGCACAUUCUCGGACCGCAGAAGGUCUUUUUCGCCCUGCGUACGGCAAUGCACGUCUUCACAAGUAUGGGGCAAGGGGAGCAGGAGCACUGGUGCAAGGGGAUCUUUGAGGAGCUCGACCGCCGCGGGUUUCCCUUUGGCAAGAUAUUGUGUCGGUGUGAAUGGGAUGAUUUACCAGCGCUCUUGUCCGGAAAAUUCACUGUCGCGGGACAAGAUGUAUCGUCCCAAUUAAAUUCAGGCACGCACGAUGUUUGGAAAAACAAACCAAUUUAG